UCAUGUGGCUGCACAAGGCUGUAGCGGUGGUGGCGGUGGCGGUGGUGGUCGCCGCGGGGAACAGCGAGGACGACAGGGAGCCCAGAGAGGCUGUCUACGAUGAUCCACUUGACUUUGAGGCCUACGAGAUCCCUCUCCUGAAGAAGAAGCACGUGAGCUACGACUUCGCGUACAGUGUGCGAGACGACGAUACGGGCGCAGCCUACAGCCACCUGGAGGAGCGCGAGGGCAAGGUCACGACGGGCGAAUACCGCGUGUCCCUGCCCGACGGACGCAUCCAGAUCGUGUCGUAUGUGGCUGACGAAAACGGCUAUCGCGCGAAAGUUUCGUACGAACCCUCCAGCGCCGCCCAUCCGGCCCCGCAACACCAUCAGCCCAAAUACGCGCCCGCCCACGGGAGGAGGCCGAGGCCACCCCCAGGCUACGGCCGACGUCGCCGACCGAGGCCCCACCACUCCAAAGUUCUCCACCACGAAGAGCCUGUUCACCGACCCACUCCCCAUUCGUACCUGCCAGAGCCUCACCACCCUCCCCACCACCCGCCACCCCCUCCUCCCUACCAACCCCCUCAUAUCACAACCUACAAGCCCCUGUACCCGACGCCUCCGGUCCACACCUCGCCCGCGCCGAUCUACUACCCCCGCAAGACCCCUACAACCUCUGAGCCUGCGCCCCCUCCUCCUCCUCCUCCUCCUCCUCCUCCUCCGCCCACAACCGCCACCCCUAAGCCCCCUCCCCCGCCCCCUCCCCCUGCGCCUUUCCCCGCCAUCACAACUCUUCCUCCCCUGACGACGGUGACCCCGACUCCCGCCCCCGUGAUCAGGACGUCCUCCUCGCCCCUCAGAUUGCCAGAGGUGACCAGCUACAAGCCCAAAGAGGUCGUGACGACGCCCGCUCCCAGGGUUGUCACGACCAGACCAACAACUUACCGGCCGAGGACUGUCACGCCGCACUCGCUCUUCGUCCCGGCGCAUCUCAUCUCCCCAACUCCUUCUCCGCUGGCAUACACGCCCUCGCCCUCGCCAUUACCGUACACGCCCUCGCCCUAUCCUCCGCCCUACUCCGCGUCGCCCUACGCACCGCCGGCGGGACCCUACACACCUGCCCCUCCCCCGUACCCAAUAAAGACUCCCCUCCACUACUCGGGAGGACCCUCGCUUCCCCCGCCCUACGGUGGCCCUUCCCCGCACUACUACAGCCCUUAUUCGUCGCCCUUCUUUGGUCCCCAGUACGGCCCGCGGUUCCCCGGCCCCUCCUACCCGCCUAGGAUUCGCACGUACACCACAUCGCACCCGGGCGGGACCGUGACGCCGCAGCCCUUUUUUCCUUCCUCCGCGAAGCCCUUUCCCUGAGGCUGCGGUGGCCUGGGUACCGCAGCCAAUA